AUGCCUACGAGGCCAGCACCGGAAGCUUUUCUCUUGCUCACUCUACCCAAUGCAUCGCUUCACACGCCCACAGAAUCUCACAGCGGAAUUCUCUACGUCGAAUAUGUGACAUUCUCUCUUCCUCCACCUACCUACUCGACUCCCGAAACCCCGGACGUCUUCCUCGUCUUACGUCUUGGCAGUUUUGAGACCGUACUCGACCCAGCUCGGAGGAUCACUCAGUCUGAGAAUAACGGGGAGCAUCGUUAUGUCUUCCAAGGCACUCAAGCGGAUGGGGAGAUGGUACUAACUCUACCAAGCGUGGGGGAGAAGGAAGGCAGGGUUGCCGAGAAUCUUGAGACAUUUCAGAGCAUCUUGGCCGAGUAUGGCGAUUAUCAAGGGUCCUCUUCUCAGCAUACUGUUCUUACGGAUGUCAAGCCUUCCGACAGUCCUGUCUCAGUACCCGGAGGCGCAGGAACAGCCAUGGGCUUUCACGGAGACGAGGAUUUACGUGGUCGGUUCGUCCUCAUGGAUGAAGACAACGGUCGGAUUAUCGGUGCCCUCGACAAUCACAUCCAUGUCCAGGAGGAUCCAUCGCUGGGACAGAAGGGGCAUGAGAAUGAUCCCGUCGUAGUAGAGCUCCCAGAGGGCGCAGAUAGCAUCGAGCAGUUGAGCGAGAGCGAGGUCUUGGUCAAGACAGUACCACCGGAAGAGAGGGACUGGCUGUUCAAAGGUGCAGUUAUGGCCAGCUAUGUUAUUUCCGGUGGGACGACGCUUCUCACUACUGCCAUGAAUACCGCAUCGAAUUACUACGUCAAGAAUACCAAACCUGGACAGCACCAGCAGCCCUCCGCCUCGCCUGAUGGUUCGAGAGACCCUAACGCUCCUGGUACUCCACCGGUCCCACCCUCCCGUGCUCUUCUUCUCCUCUCCUCACCUACGACCCGUAAACAUCUCUCACAGAUCCACGCCGUCUCCGGUCAAGCCGUAAAACUCUCUGGAAAGACGGCUGCUGCUGUCGAGGGUAUGAUCUACCGCGUUGUAGGUGGCGGCUCAAAAUCCUCCAACGACCCUAGUACGGCCUCUCAGGGCGGCGCGACGAGCUCAUUGACCGCGAAUGCUGCACGUGGUGUCGCGAGUCCGAGCUCGACGUCAGGCAGACUAAGUCCAGCUGGUGAGAAACCACCUCUUCCACCCCGGAAGAUUGACGACGGAGCACCACCAUCAUACUAUUCGGCUUCCUCUGCUACCGGUUCAUACGCACCCCCGGAGAAACCUCCGUUACCUCCACGCAAGUCCGCCGCAGGACCAGGUUCUGCCCCUACCUCAGGUCACAACACGCCAGUUGCUGAAAUACCACCUCCCCUGCCCGACCGCGGCAAGGGCAAAUCCAAAUGGGGAGGCGUUGCGCUCUCUGCGGCCCUCAUCCUCUCCACACUCUCUGAAUCGUCGACACGGAUAGUCGAUGCAGGAGGGAGUGCACUGUCGAAUGCUGUUGCGCACAAGUAUGGCGAACACGCUGGAAAUAAUGUACUGAUGGCGGCGGGGACUGUGAAGAAUGUGGUGCUCGUGUACGUGGAUGUCAGAGGGUUUGGAAGGAGAGCGAUUGUCAAGAAAGUCGCGAAAACGUAUGUGAAGGGCCAGAUAAAGAGUAGCAAGGAUGCGCAGCUUAGGAGCAAGGAGAAGGCGGACUAGUAUGGAUAUAUCCUUGUGUUCCUUCUGGGCUUUUUGGCGUAGUGGACAUUGGACGAGAAGUUAUGUAGUGUCAUGGUUAGAUACCUUCUCAC